CAAAUCUCCAUUUCGUCUCUCUGCGACACGCUCUCUGAUCUCUCAGGAUAACCAGAUCGAAUUGAAUCGAAUCGAAUCGAGCCCUUGUUAGUGAUGGGUCAGAUCCAGUAUUCUGAUAAGUACUUCGACGAUACUUACGAGUACAGGCAUGUGGUUCUGCCUCCUGAAGUUGCCAAACUGCUUCCCAAGAAUCGCCUUCUCACUGAAAACGAAUGGCGUGCGAUUGGAGUUCAACAAAGCCGAGGGUGGGUUCAUUAUGCAAUUCACAGCCCCGAGCCACACAUAAUGCUUUUCAGGAGGACUUUAAACUUUCAACAGCACCACGAAAAUCUUGCCAAGUGA